AUGAACAAGGAGAGGCUCAUGAAGAUGGUCGGCGCCGUCCACACUGGCGGCAAGGGCACCGUGCACCGGAAGAAGAAGGCGGUGCACAAGACGGGGACCACGGACGACAAGCGGCUGCUGAGUGCGCUCAAGAGGGUGGGCGUCAACACCAUCCCCACCAUCGAGAAGGUCAACAUCUUCAAGGAAGACCUCGUCAUCCAGUUCCUCAACCCCAAAGUGCAAGCGUCCAUCGCCGCAAACACAUGGGUGGUCAGUGGGACUCCCUAGACCAAGA